CCUGCCUCUACACAGCAAGCGAGAGAGAGAGAGAGAAACCCACACGAGUGAUUGGAGAUUCAUCCAAGCGCUCAGGACGCACUGACGGAGUUGCACAAUCAGCGCUCCAAAGGGACUCCAAAAAGCAGAAAACCCUCAGCGCUCCUUUAGUUCUGCCAUCCAACACUCACUGCAAGUGGAUAUUAUUUGCACUUCGAAGAUUUUUUUUUCGAGACUUUUUUGUUCUUUCUAUUUUUGUGCGUUUACUCUAAGAAACCGUUUGGAGAGCUCGGAUUUUGAGAAGCUAGAUUUAAAAAAAAAAAAUCCAUUCUAUCCAUUCUAAUCCAAUCUAUUUUAUUUGUGAAGACAUGCAUCGGUGCACAGCGGUGUUACUCCUUUUAGUGGUGGCCUUGUACUUCCUGAACGCAGAAGCCUACAAGUGCAGGUGCACCAGAAAAGGACCAAAGAUCAGAUACAAGGAUGUACAGAAGCUGGAGAUCAAACCCAAACACCCAUACUGCCAAGAGAAGAUGAUAUUCGUGACGAUGGAGAACGUGUCCCGGUUCAAAGGCCAGGAGUACUGUCUUCACCCCAAACUUCAGAGCACCAAGAACCUGGUUAAAUGGUUCCGCAUCUGGAAGGACAAGCACAGGGUGUAUGAAGCUUAAAACAUUGGCUACCCAGCACACAUGGAUCAAGUGAGAUUUAAAAAAAAAAAAAAAAAAGACAACACCAUCACAAGGACUGUUUUUAUGAAGUACAAGAUGUAAUCUACAGUCAAAUAGUACUUCUCCCUCCUCUGCCUGAGAUCUGUCAAACGCAUUAAGAGAUAUCUUUAGUUCGUAUAUAAGCUGGUGGGCUCAUUUUAGUUGGCCAUCAAUGUAGUUACAGUCACUCACCACUCCAGUCUUUACAACUGUAGUUAUACUUGUCAAAUAGUGGAUGAGACACCACCAUUUUUGUUCAAACAGUUGUAGGUUUGUACAGAUAUGAUUUAAAGGGACUUCUCUUUUGCUUUGGGUUUUAGGCUUCUUUCAAAAUGAAGAAUGUGUCAUUCUCAAGAAAUGAGCAAACCUUCCUUUGACAAAUACAGUGUAGGUGUUUCUGUUGUUAAGAUUUUCACUGCUCUGUAUUCAAUAUGACAGGUAGGAUAUUUGUACAAUGCCAACCUUUAGGAUCUGGUUACCUGUGUUUAAGAGGUCGUAGUGCAAAUGCAACAGAAAAGGUUCUCAAGAAUCUGAUUCUCUGAAUGUGUAUAGGAGAGGCAGUGGUUACAUAUAAUCCAGAAGUUUCUAUUGUUCUGUCAGAUAGAGGAGAUCUACCACUGUGUGUGUGUUUAUCAGGUCCAUGACUAGUCAUAUGUGUCAAACAAACACACCACUCUGCAGCAUACAUUUUGUAAAAUACUAUCUCACUAAACCUGCAGGGUGCAGUUUCAAUAGAUAUUAAAGAAUACAAAUAGUUGAUAUGUGCCAUUGCUACAUAUAUUACAGUCUGUGCAUUAGAGUUUGUGACGAAACUUGAUUAUUAAAAACACUAAGAAAGCAAGACUGUCUGCAGUUUACAUAAAAAAGGUCUGUUAAGGUCUCUUUAAACAAACGUGCAAUGGAGCAAUAUCUCAUAAAAACUCCCUACACAACCAAUAUAAUGAAUUAUGGUAGCAUCCUUAAAUGAUAACACUGGUGAUAUUUUAUUUUCAUUAAUGUGAACCAAUAUCCCACAAAAAUAUCCAAAUCAACAAUGUUUUACACCAUCUCGUCUCUUUACGCUAUCAGUCCCAAACUCAAUCAUUCCCACUGAAGAUGUAAACCUUUAAAAACAGAUCAGAAAUAAAUACUUUAACACUUAAAAAAGGUUAAAUAACAGCUUGGCACUGUUAUUUUCAGCUAGCAUAGCUCAAACAGGAGUAAAGUAUUUGCUUGGGAUUUUCAGCUGUGGAUUUAUACACAUUUGGUUCUUUAGUGUUGACGGUAGCACAGUGAUAACUCCAAAUGAGCUACAAUGUCCAUUUUCAUAAUAAUAAAGAACCAUAUCAGCUAGUGCAACAGUGAUAUCACUGAUAUGUUUUUUAUACUGGUUUCUGGACAACAAUUGUGAUCUGUAGCACAAAGGAAUGAACUAUAUCAGCUAUUUGGAUACACAGACAAUACUUGCUAGUAGGAUCAAUUCAUUGGUGGUUUGGUUUUUUUCAUGGGAUUUGUUUACAGUAAGAAAAAUACAGGAUACUAUCAAACUCAUCCUUUAAACCAGGCUAUAGACUGUGUUAUUAUGUUAUUAAAAUAAGCAAUGGACCAGUGCACGUGGUUCCAAAAUUUGGCCUUUUUUUAUCCCUGAAAAAUAAUAAUUUGGCGGAAAACUUAAUCCAUUGUUCACAUAUAAAACAACACUUAAUGAUUAUAUACAGCAUAUAUUUGAAUAUAUGACAGGCUUUUCAUUUGUACUGCUAAUGAUCAUUUCACUGUCUCCUACAGACCUAUGUGGGUGAUGAUUGCUCUUUUAUGAUCUCUCCUCUUGUAGAUCUCCUGAACAAUACUGUCAGUUGUGUUAUUAUUUUGUAUGCUGUGGAUACACUUUGUAAUAAUGACUGUUGGGUGUUGUUUUGUUGCCACCAAACAGAAUACACACACAAAUAUAUCUGCAUAUAUACAAAAACACCACAUUUUAUUUACCUUUUGAAGAAUGUGCAUUACUCUUGUUUUAUAUCUUAUAUAUAAAUAUAUAUAAAGAAAAGUUUUGUAAAUGGACCAGCAUAGCCUAUAUGUUAGUGAGAAUGAAUUCACCUUAAGACUUUAUAGUGUCAUGUUUAUUGUAUUACUGCAUUAUAGUUGUUUUCGCUUUUGUUUAUUUAAAUCUUGGUUUGGUAACAGAUAUUUGGAGGGUGAGUGUUUGGACUGGCCCACCAAACACACAGUUAGAUGUUCCACUGAGUAUAAAACAAUAAACACAGCAAUAAAGUGUC